AUGACCCAACGAACCACCACCCGCCCCCCCGCCCCCCAGCCAAAACAACGCGUCGUAGUCCGCGAACCAACCGGCUGGGCCUUCAGGGUCGAACGAGAAGCCGCGCUCCCCCAGAAAGUCUGCGCCUUUCUCGUGCGACUGCCCGAAUCCCAGUCCCAAGCCCGCGACGACCACGUCGGCGACAGUCGCAUUCCGUGGCUCUACCGGCGCGCCAGGUACAUCGCCUUCCUCAGGCUCGUCUUCGCUUUCGUCGUCGGCACCUUCAACAUCUACUUCGCCGCCACGCGGAGGGACGAUCCUCCGUUCCUGGCCUAUGCCGUGACGGGCAUAAUUCUCGGCUACCUGCACAUACACCCCCUUGACAUGAGAUACGAGAUGACAUCGCCCACGAACCCGAGGCCCAAAGUCCUCUACAUUGCCCGCCUCGCCUUCUACACCGCCGGCUGGACCACUCUCACCGUCCUGUCGCUCUUCAUCGCCACCACGGGCAUCGACGCGCGCUCGCAGUCCAGCCUGCACCGCAAGCGAGACGACCUGGGCCUGGGCCUGCUACACUUACACUGGCUGGAACCGAGGCGAAGGCUUUCGGGUGGGCGAAGCCGAGCAUCGCUACGCGGGAUGAGCCUCGAAGGCGCCGAGAGGGGUCUCCUCUACACGUGUGCCGUUCUGUCGAUCCUUUCGCUGUGA